AUGAAACCCCUCCUUCGAUUCAUCAGCAGCAGCAGCAGCAGCAGCAACAGCAGCAGCAGCAGCAGCAACAGCAGCAGCAGCAGCAGCAGCAACAGCAGCAGCAGCAAACGCAGCACAAGCAGCAGCUGCAGCAGGACAAGCAGCAGCAGCAGCAGCAGCAGCAGCAGUUUGUGGGUGUUCUGUUUAUUGAUUGUUUCCCUUCUCAUCGUUCCUGCUGCAGGCGACCAGAGAGCUGGCCUCCACCCGGCCUUCAGUGCAUGCGCUUCGUUAAUUUCCCCAGGCACUGCAGCAGCUGCUUCUAUUGAAGCACUUGCUGCUGCUGCACUGCAGCAGCAGCAGCAGCAGGAGCAAGAGCAGCAGCAAGAGGAGCACCAGCAGCAAGAUCAGCAGCAGCAGCAGCAACUGCAGCAGCAGCAGCAGCAGCAGCAGAUAGAACUCUGUCUGGGGGCUGGCUGGGUUGCUGCAUGCGUGAGAGACGUCGUCGGCUCUCUCUUUCAUUUGGGGCUGGAGGCCCAGCUGCACUUCUUCGAGCUCUGCGACCCUGAAGGUACCUCAUCACACUACCCAGCUAGCUAG